AUCAGAAACAUUUUCUUCACGGCAACUGAGUUUGGAUUCGGUUUGAGCUUCUUGAAUGAUGUUUGAAUACAAAAACACGGGAAUAUGUAAAAGGGUUGUCUUGUUUCCGCAAAAAAAGGAAGCAGCCCCAGUUCAUGUUUCGAAUGGCUAAGUCGGAUUUCCAAGUUAAAUCUGCAGAAAACGGUGACUUUUAUGACAUACUGGCAACUGAAGGGGUUGAGUUCCUUCUGUCACAUGGUGGAGGGGUACCGGUGGAAUAUAUUCAUGGGAAGAAGAUUUGUCUCUUCUUCUCUGCAAACCGGUGCAGGCCUUGCAAGGAAUUCAUGCCUAGGCUAGUAAAACUCUACCAAACUCUCCAGGAACGAGGGGAACAAGAUCUGGAGAUCGUUUUCAUCUCCUUUGAUCAUGAUGAGACCUUAUACUAUGAGCAUUUCUGGUGCAUGCCAUGGCUUGCAGUUCCUUUCAGUGCGAGUUUGAGCAAGAAACUGAAAGACAACUAUAAGAUUGUCAGUAUUCCAUCUCUUGUUCCUCUCUCUCCAGACAGAUUCUUUGUUGAUGAUGAUGAUGUGAUUGGUUUGAUCGAGGAUUAUGGUUCUGAAGCAUAUCCUUUCACUAAAAAUAGAAGAGAAGAGCUCAAAGCCAUUGAUGAUGCCAAACGGGUCGGAGGGCAUUUGGAGAAACUCCUGACACAUGAAUCUCGAUAUCAUGUUGUUUCCAGAGAUGGAAGUAAGGUUCAAGUUUCUGAACUUGUGGGCAAAACCAUAGGGUUAUACUUUGGUGCAGACUGGUGCCUGCCUUGUCGUUCCUUCACCUCUCACCUCGUACAAGUCUACAACGACCUUUCAGUCACGGCCGAAAACUGUUUCGAAGUCAUCCUAGUCUCAACCGACCGAGACCCUGUAGAAUUCGACAAGAACAUGAGCAGCAUGCCUUGGUUGGCAAUCCCUUAUGAGGACAGAACAUGCCAGGAUCUUGUCAGGAUCUUCAACAUCAAACUCAUCCCCUCCCUUGUAAUCAUAGGACCGGAAGGGAAAACGCUAAACGCGAACGCGAGAGCCAUGAUAUCCUUGUACGGGGCGAGGAGUUAUCCGUUCACUGACUCGAGAAUCGCAGAGAUUGAAGCUUGUCUGAAGAAAGAAGGCGAGGCAUUGCCACGAUGCGUGAAGGACAAGAAGCAUGAACAUGAUCUGAAUCUGGACAUGGCAAAAGCUUAUGUAUGUGAUUUCUGCAAGAAACAAGGCUCGUUCUGGGCGUUCUCGUGCGAUGCCUGCGACUACGAUCUCCAUCCCACAUGUUUGGAACAACAAGAGAUACCAUCGUUUUAGGAAUUCUGCUUUUGUCAGAAAGAUUACUAUUUUUAGAAAACAGUAUCUGUCUGUUCCCAGUUAUGUUCUGUGGAUAGGAUCCAAAAUAAACUGAUUUCAUUGUCUUUUUUUUUUCAAUUUUUUGUUGUAAGGAUCCCGAGCAGAAGUUGGUCAGGAUCAUGUACGGUACAUCUUCUUCUACAUGC